GUUGAGAGGGAGGUGAUGUGCACGUGUGAACUGUGAGAGCUUCGCGACAACAGUGGCCGGUUAUUCGUACUUGUGAACAGUAUAGCGGUGAUCGAUAAACUGUGAGUGAAGGUUCUACCGCUACUCUUCACGGCAAACAACUGUGACUACCGACUGGGACUACUGUGACGUAUAAAACAGGACUGGAGUCGACUGAGCCACACUGAGGACUGGCUCUCGGGGAACGGCAAUGUCCGCCCUGACCGAUCGCCGCGGCGCUGGCCGGCCGCCUCUGGAGCCGCGCCGAGUGCCAGUGGUGGCCGAGCCCGACUCCUCGGGCCGCGGACCCGUCGUCUACCGCGCCCGCUCCGGCAUCAGCUUCCAGAACCUGGACACCAGUGAGAGGAUGCCGUCCAGUGAGCGACCCUCGUCCCGCGGGCAGGACCACGGGUCCGCCAGCGCACUGAGUCCCUCUGGUCGGCACUACUCCGAACGGAGCGCCCCUGACACACCGCCGCUGAGCUCCAAACCGCCGACGCCGCAACGCAUCUCGGCCCUGCUGAGGAAGCACCUGCUGCCCCGACCGCGCUCCUCCAGUGGAGGGCGCGCGGAGGAAGAGGGUGACCUGCGGCCGGCGCCGACCCGCCGCGGACUCGGCCGCAGCGACAGCGACAAGACGGGCUCGGCGCCGCCGCGGCCGCCCUACCGCAACAGCUCGCUGUCGAGGAACGACAUCACACGCCGCUCCAUCCGGCGGUCUCGGUCCUCGGCGAGCGAGUCGGCGCGGGCGCAGCGCGGCGCCGGAGCUUCACCCUGCUCCAGUGCAAAAUCAACGCCGUCGGCGGCCCGGCACCGCGCCUGGUGCAGAGAGGAGAAUGUCUCUGGAGCCAGCACCAGCGUCAGCAUCGGUGGUAAGAAUGCUGACAGUCAUAGAGACGACUCGCCUGUUGCCGGUGGGAGAGGUGGUGCCCAUGCCGUCCCGGUCAAUGGCGCUACUGGAGGAGCAUCUGAUGAUCGAAACAAGCACCGGAGGCAGGUCAGCCUCCAGGAUAUCCUACGACGGGAGGUUGGAGGAGGCCACGGGGCCAGAUCAACGCAGAGAGAGGAUGUCACCAACCGGACGAUAGUGAAGGUCGAAUCCAGUGGAACCUUUCACAUGGGAGAGUACGAUCCUGCUGAUGAUGAUCGUGGAUUUAGUCCUCCUCCUGAGCAAGAUGAGGUCGACAAAGGAAGCAGAUGUCCAAGGAAAUCUAGAGAAAGCGAAGUGUCUAACGUGUCUGUUGGCGAUGACAAAUCUUCUCCAGGAUCUAAGCUGACCCGGAGACCUGUGACAAAGCGAAGAGCUCCGCUGGUGCCGACGCCGCCGACCGGCUCCGUUGGUCGGGACUGCGGCGAGCUGUGUUUCAGAGGCGGUCCAGAGGGCACGGUCCGCUCCACGGGCAGCAGUUCGGGGGUGAGCACGGCCACUGACGCCUCUUCGGCGGGGGAGGUGGCACCGGCAGCCGACACGGGACACCUGACCUCCUCAGAGGCAGAGGUGGUGGAUUGGCGAGACACCUCUGCCAACAGGGAGCUAGAGCGGGGAUCGCCUCGACCCCCAGACAGAGCUCGAUACGACGCCGUGCACCGACCGGAGCCGUCGCCAAAGACGAGGCGCAAACUGAGCGUGCUCAAAAGACUCGUCCAGAAGUCGAGGUCGCUGGGCGUGAGUGCUCGUUCCGAGGAGUUCCCGAAGCUGGACCGGGCGGAAAGUGGUGGCAGUGGUGUGAAAAGCAGCCCCAAGUCGUCCAGGCCUAACGCGACAGUUUCACCGCCGGAGUAUGACAGAGCAGCAGAAAACGCCCAAGACCGGUCGGUACACCUGGGUCACCAGGGCAGUCAGAAGGUGCGCCGGGACGGAGUGCCGCUGCUCGGCUGGGAGCCCUACUUCUGCGUGUUGCUGCAGGACGAGCAGACACUCACCGCCUACCGCAGCGAGGAGAUGGCGAUCGGCGACUCUUUGUUCCUGGACCUGCCGCGUGUGCGACUGGACGGCGGCGGGAAGGCGUUCAGGAAGCAGUGGGGCUACGAGAAGGCGCCGCCGCCCACCCUGCUGGAGGAGGAGGAGGACGAGGAAGAGGACGGCGAGGACGAGGAGGAGCUCAGCGAGACCCAGUCACUGCGCGAGGACGGCCUCUCCCGCCAGUCAGCGCUAGACUCGUCCUAUGAGAAGGCGGUGGGUCUGGCGGGCCGCGGCUCGGCGCCCGGCACGCCCGUCAUGGGUCAGCGGCCCGACCCGGGCGCGUCACGAUUCACGAAUUUCUUCUCGAAGCGCUCCUUCAAGGGCAACCCGCUGAAACGAACCAAGUCCGUGACCAAGCUGGAACGCAAGAGGUACCCCGUAGACGUCGAUGGCCCGGCGCCGUCUCGUCUCCGCUCGUCCCGUUCGCACGAGUCGCUGCUCUCCGGCCACAGCAUGGUGUCCUCGACUGAGCUGGGAGCCGGAGAGGUGGUCAUCAAACCGCUGCACAGCUCCAUCCUGGGCCAGGAGCACUGCAUCCAGAUCAGCUCCCCGAGCGGCACACGCUACUACAGCUGCCGGACCGCCGAGGAGCGCGACAGAUGGAUCCACAGCCUGCGCCGCACAGUGCAGCCAAACCGGGAGCACAUACGCCGCAUCGACAACUCACUGCGCAUCUGGCUGCUCGAGGCCAAGACGGUCACCGCCAAGAAGCGCUACUUCUGCGAGCUGUGUCUGGACAACACCCUCUACGCCCGGACGUCCAGCAAGGCCAAGACGGAGCUGUGCUUCUGGGGCGAGCAGUUCGAGUUCAACAACCUGCCGACCGUGGAGAGCAUCCAGGUCAACCUCUACCGAGAGCCCGACAAGAAGAGGAAGAAGGACAAGAACGUGCUAGUCGGUACAGUCGAGAUACCGGUCAGCUCGGUCAACUCGAAGUUUUUCGUCGAGAAGUGGUACCCGGUGGCGUUGGAGAAGGGCACCAGCAACAAGCACGCGCCCAGUCUGCGAAUCAAGUGCAGGUUCCAGGCGGUGGACAUCCUGCCGCUGCCCGUGUACAGCGAGUUCCUCCACUACGUCACCUCCCGGUACGGACCGCUCUGUGAGAUCCUCGAGCCGCUGGUGGGCGUGAAGAGCAAGGAGGACAUUGCCACCACACUGGUGCACAUCAUGCAGAGGGAGGGCCUGGCCAAACACCUGCUGGCCGACCUGGUCUGCAUGGACGUCACAAGAAUUGACGACGAGCGGCUGACGUUCCGCGGCAACUCGCUGGCCACCAAGGCCACGGAGUCGUUCAUGAAGCUGGUGGGCGACCGCUACCUGCAGGACACGCUCGGCGAGCCGGUGCGCCGCCUGCUGGACGCCCGCUCCGACCUCGAGAUCGACCCGCUCAAAGUGACGGCGCCCGGAGCGCUGCACAAGCAGAGGACCAACCUGCGGGCCUUUGUCGAGGAGGUGUGGGCCAGCAUCCUCGCCUCGUACGCCAACUUCCCACCGGAGCUGCGCGACUGUUUCCACCUGAUCUGCGAGCGGCUGAGGGAGGCGGGCAAGGCCGAGCAGCAGGACAACGUCAUCUCGUCGUGCAUCUUCCUGCGCUUCUUCUGCCCGGCCAUCCUGAGCCCGAGCCUGUUCAGCCUGACCCAGGAGUACCCUAACGAGAAGGCGGUGCGGAAUCUGACCCUGGUGGCCAAGACGCUGCAGACGCUGGCCAACUUCACCCAGUUCCAGGGCAAAGAGAACUACAUGGAGUUCCUCAACGAGUUCGUCGUCAAGGAAACCAACACCAUGCGCGCCUUCCUGCGCAAAAUAUCGAGUCCUCUGGGCCGCGAUGGCCGUCAGCAGGAGUGGGACGGCUACGUGGACCUGGGCAAGCAGCUAUCGGUGCUGCACAGUCUGCUGCGCGAGUGUGCGCCCAAGGUAACCAGCCCGGCGCACCUGGCCGAGCGGCAGCGACUGGAGGCGGCACUGGCCACGGUGACGGCGGCGCACAGUCAGCAGCAGCAGGCGCAGCAACAGCAGCAGCAGUCACAGCAGCAGCCCCCGCCGCCGCCCUCGGCCGCAGUGGCGCCGCCGCCCAACUAUCUCAGCCUACAGAGGAACAUGUACAGGCUGAACGAGCGCGCCUCCUCGGAGCGGGACGCGGCGUCCCCGGUGGCGGACUCUGACGGACCUACCGCGCCCUCUGCCGCCCCCACCGUCCCUCCGCCGGCUGAGAAGGCCUCCACACUACCCAGGAACGCCUACCUGCCGGCCGGCGGCUCCUCCAAGCGGCCAGCGGCGCACCUCAACACCAGCGACGACUACGUGCUGUUCAGCGCGCUGCGGCCGGGCCGGACGGGCGCCGCCGGCCCCCACCAGCACUAUCACGGCCACCCGGCGCUGGCGGCGUACACAUCAGCCGGUACCGGGCCGCGCAGGGCGCCGCGAGCCGACGACGACACCGCAGAGCACUCGGCCACAGAGCUGGAGCACAACGUCAAGGGCUCGCAGAUCUCCAUCUCCCAGCUGAGCAACGUGGCCUCCAGCGGUUACCAGAGCUUCGCUUACAGCCAGAGCUCGAGUCCGGUGGACCCGGCCAUCAGUCACCAACAGCAGCAGCAGUCGGCCGGCCAGCAGCCGACGCCGCUGGCCUUCAACAACCCCGUGUACCAGCUCAGCAGCAACAGGACGCGCCAGACACGGCCGUCGCCCUACUCGCCGAGCACCUCGCUCAGCUCGGCCCAGAGUCUGGAGGACGUUCAGCUGGUGCUGGCGCCGUCGGUGGCCGCCCCGGCCGGCCGCGCGCCGCCGCGCUCCUCUAGCAGCUCGCCUUCACCGCCGCGUGAGCGCCGCCACCCGGCCGCGCCACGAACUAACCCGCGUGCCGUGCCGCCUCCGCCGCCGCCGCCGGCCGGAGCCGAGGAGCUGUACGGCCGCCAGCGCCGCCUCAAGGCCGGCCGGCGAACCUCAGCUGACGUGCUGGCCACCAGGCGGCAGCAGCAGCACGGUGACAGCGACAGCGAGAGCAGCGAUGGACUGCGCACCGGCCGCGACAGCCGACUCAAGGGCAAGGCCAGGCGCGGCCGGCUGCCAGAGAAGUCCUUCGAAGAGUACGAGGAGGAGAUCCGUCAGCUGCACGUGCAGAUGGAGCAGCUGCACAGCCGUCUGAGUGAGGAGCUGCCGCGGCCGGCGGUCACACCGACCAACCACGUCUGCCAGCCGACCCCAGUACAAAUCAACGAGAUACUGCACAGGUUAUCGCUGGUGGAGCACGAGCUGCGCCGAGAGCAGAGUCAGCUGACCAGCGUGCUAUCAGAAAAGGAGCGUGUCAUUGAGGCUCAGAACUCGCGCAUCCAGGAGCUGAACGCGGCCAACUCUCAGUUACACUCGCUGCUGGCCUCGCUGCGACCACCGCAGCAGCCGCCCCCGGCCGGCCCCGGCGGCUCGGCUCUGGUGCCCAUCUCGGACACCUCUGACUACAAGAGCAGCUCGUGCUGAGCGCUGAGGCGGCGGCGCCGGCCCGCGGCCUGACCAGACCAAAGACUGUCCGCGGACAGACUGUGUCCAGCUGUGGUUCGUCCGAGGACAUACUGUGGCAGCUCUACUUGUCGUUCUGUAUCUGUCUCUGGGGAGGGGUGGGGAGGUACCGACCGGGUACCGUCACCUGUGUCACUCAUCGCAUAACUCGCGCGUCAUGUGUUCGUUUAUAGCCGCCGUUGGCGGCCUGUCGCUCGGCCUGGGAGCAGCCAGUGCCGCUGCUGAGGAACAAGCCUCGGGAACAAAGAGUUGUCCGGCCCAGAGCGGUCACCAGCCCAGAGCGCACUGUGCAAUCGUGUUCAGAGUGCCGCGCUCCCUUUAGCCGCUGCGUUCGUAUGUUAUAUGACAUAUAGUCAGCGGCGCCCUGUUCGACACGCUUAGCUGUCCUUGUAAGCAGUCAUCGUACGCGGGUGAAGUCGUCACAGUCAGGUAGAGAGUAUCUGAAACAGAAAUAUACGUUUCUUCACA